AUGGGUAAAUCCUCCAAGAAAUCUGCCUCUAAGGUGUCGGCUCCAGCGGUCGUUGCUGCACCUGUUCCUACCAAGCCUUUAAAGAAAGGCAAGAGGGAAGCAGAGGAUGUUGCCGGGAAGGAAGUGGUGAGUGCUAAAAAACAGAAAGUGGAGGAAAAGAAGAAUGUAUUGAAGCCUGAGAAGAAGAAGGCAGUGAAGGUGGAAUCCUCGAGUGAGGAGGAUACUUCUUCUGAGUCUGAGCAUGAGCCCAAGGUCAAGGUAGCUGCCAAGAACGGCCAUGUGGACUCAAACUCUAAGAAGCCUUCAGUUGCUGCAAAGAACGGUCACUUAGCCUCCAAGAAAAAGGCUGAAUCUAGUGAUGAUUCUGACUCCUCCUCUGAGGAUGAAUCCAGUUCAGACGAUGAAGUUGCUGCAGUUACGAAAGCUCCUGGACCUCUGGCAAAAAAGGGCCCAGCUCCUGUUCCUGCCAAAAAGGACGAAUCAAGUGAUGAUUCUGAUUCUUCAUCAGACGAUGACAGUUCUGAUGAGGAUGUUCCUGCAGCAAAGAAAGUAACUCCUGCUGUUAGUUACAAGAAAUCCGAGGUGCCUACAAAGAAGAAAGAUGAAUCCAGCAGUGAGGAAUCUGACUCUUCAGAAGAUGAGACUGAUUCUAAAGAGGAUGCUACCCCUGCCAAGAAGGCUCCUCCACCCCCUGUGAACAAGGCCCCCGUAGCUGCUAUAAAAAAGAAGGAUGACUCGAGCAGUGAUGAGGAGAGCUCUGAGGAAGAUGUCCCAGCUAAGAAUCACUUGAAAGCUGCUGCAAAGAAGGAUGAGUCGAGUGAGGAAUCUGAUUCAGAUGAUAGCAGCAGCUCAGAGGAAGAUCCCAAGACCCCAACCACUCCGAAAGAGCAGUCAACUGGCUCCAAAUCUAUAUUUGUUGCGAAUCUUCCCUUUCAAGUUGAGCAAGAUGACGUUAUGAAUUUUUUCAAACCUGCUGGAGAAGUCGUCGAUGUUCGUUUUGCCUUUUACCCAGACAAUACAUUGAAAGGUUAUGGUCAUGUGGAAUUCGCUACGGCUGAAGAAGCACAGAAGGCUGUGAACGAAUUAAAUGGGAAUGAGUUGCUUGGCCGUGCUUUGAGGCUUGAUCUUGCUAGGGAAAGGGGAGCAUACACCCCAAGGAGUGGAGAUUCACAAUCUUUCCAAAAGGGACAGAGUGCUCAGGGUCUCAGUGUAUUUGUCCGUGGAUUUGAUAGAAAUGAUGGUGAAGAUCAGAUUAGGAACUCAUUGAAAGAUCAUUUUGGUUCUUGUGGUGAAAUUGCAAGAGUUUCCAUUCCACAAGAUCCAGAGGGUGGUGUUAAAGGUAUAGCAUAUAUCGACUUCAAGGAUUCAGAUGCCUUCAACCAGGCUCUGGAAUUAAAUGGAUCGGAGUUUGGAGAGGGCACCCUUACAGUUGAAGAGGCAAGGUCUCGAGGUGACUCGGGUGGCAGUAGAGGUGGUGGACGGGACUUUAGUAGCCGUGGUAAUCGUGGACGAGGCUUUGCCGGCCGCCGUGGCCGGGGACAGGACUUUGGUGGCCGUGGUGAUCGUGGUGGCCGUGGUGAUCGUGGUGGCCGUGGUGAUCGUGGUGGCCGGUUCGGCCGCGGUAGGGGAAGAGGACCCUCAAAUAAACCAAAUUUGGCUGCACCAGGAACUGGAAAGAAGACAACAUUCAAUGACGAGGAGUAG